GUCCCAGUGUCAUGUGUAGUUUACGAAAAAACGUGAUCUUCCAGCCAGGCGGUUAUAAAUCGUAGAUAUAGGGUUUGCAGGGUUGUUGCAGGAGAGAGACUUUGUUUUUUUUGUCAGAUUUAGUUUACUUAUACGUCUCUCUAAUGCUGUCAUCGUGGAGAUAUAUUUUAAUCCGAGUGAAUAUUUUAAGAAUUUCAUGAUUAGUGGUAGUGGCUAUCUCUAGCUAGGAAAACAACUCCAGGACACGAUAAAUGACAUGAGAGGUUCGUUGAAGAUCGUUGGACUGGAGUUCACAACAAGGGAACUAAGUUGUCCUCUAAUUAAUUUCGAAACUCAGGAAGGACUAAACCAAGGCUGUUUGAGAUGACUUCUCAGAGUUUUCAAACCAACAUGGAUAGUAUAACACCAGUUCAGCAGAUGGUGUCUUCUUGUUCUGGGGCUUUGCUCACAUCAUUGUUUGUAACGCCUUUGGAUGUCAUCAAGAUCAGACUCCAAGCACAGAGCACUCCUUUAUCUAAAGGGAAAUGCUUUGUGUAUUGCAAUGGCCUGAUGGAUCAUAUAUGCGUGUGUGAAAACGGGAAUGGGAAAGCAUGGUACAAACCUCGGGUUCAUUUCAGUGGCACACUGGAUGCCUUUAUCAGGAUUGUACGCAUGGAAGGGAUCAAGUCGCUGUGGAGUGGCCUCCCUCCAACACUAGUUAUGGCUGUUCCAGCUACAGUGAUGUACUUCACCUCUUAUGACCAGCUCUGUGCUUCUCUCAGGCUCCGGAUGGGGGAAAAGGCAGACCUGGCACCGCUAUUAGCUGGAUCAAUAGCUCGAGUGGGCUCCGCUACUCUGAUCAGUCCGUUAGAGCUGAUCCGCACUAAGCUGCAGUCAGAGAGGCAGUCGUACAGAGAGCUGAGUGCCGUGAUUCGCUCGGCAGUACACAAUGAAGGCUGGCUCGCUCUCUGGAGGGGUCUCGGGCCCACGCUGCUCAGGGACGUACCAUUUUCAGCCUUGUACUGGUACAACUAUGAGAAAGGUAAAGCCUGGCUGUGUCGCUACAACAAGACGACUGAGCCGACCGUCAGCAUCGCCUUUACCUCAGGAGCGGUGUCCGGCUCUAUCGCAUCAAUUGUAACACUGCCGUUUGAUGUGGUGAAGACCAGGAGGCAGGUGGAACUGGGUGAACUGCAGGCUAGGAAAUUGUUGCCUCAAGCCUCGUCUUCAACCUAUAAGGUGAUGAAAAGAAUCGUCGCGGAGAGCGGCGUCCAAGGACUCUUUGCAGGUUUUAUGCCUCGGCUGAUAAAAGUGGCUCCAGCCUGCGCUAUAAUGAUAAGCACAUAUGAGUUUGGCAAGGCCUUCUUCCGCAAACAGAACCAGGCGAACAGACCAGGUCUCACGCUGCAUACCACCAACAACUAAUCGCUCCAUCUGUUACACACACUCUAUAACUUUAAGCACACACACGUUUGCUUCAGCUGGGAUCUAAAACCAUCCUGCAAACACUCAUCUAGUUAUAAUGAAUCAUGAAUAAGCUGAAUAAUUUUGGCCUUUUGAUAUGGCUUUGAACAGACACAGUCCAUACGUGAGGACAUUUUAAACACCCUGAAGUUAAGCUUUAUGGUUUAAAAAAAAAAAAAAAAUCAAUCACUGAAAACUUUCACUCUGAUAAACCUGCAUGGUGUGUGUUUGAGAAUUACACAGCAAUAGAAGACUACACUCUGAAGGCUAGUAUUUUAUGUCGUUAUAUUGUAUUAGCUGUAUUGCUAAUCUCUGUUGUUGAAAUGAUUUUAUAAUAUUCUUAUUGCGUAAAUAGGUUUUUUUUUGUUUUGUUUUGUUUUUUUAAGUCUUUCAAGCUGUCUGAGAUGAUAUAUAUAUAUAUAUAUUUCUUAAGCUCAUUUUCGUGACGUUGUGAAGACAUGAUGUGAAUGCAUUUCAUUUGAUCAAUUAAAUCAAAAGAAAUGUUACUAUGACUGAUACUAGGCCGACUUGUCUCCGUUGUUUUUACCAUAAUGUUUUCUUCCAGAUUCAGAUUACAUAUUUGUGGUUUAGCCUGGAAUGUAAUAAAAUGAUUAAUGUGGGGAAAACAAAACAUCACCAAAUCUCUCAAACCCUCACUGUCAAACAUAUUCCACAAAGAACAUUUUGUUACCAAUUCUAAAGAACUUUUUUUUUUUUUUUUCACAAGGAGUAUUUUUGUCAAUUUUUUAAACAAAAGAUCAAAAGGUUAUCAAAACAAUAAAGACACGUUCACAGCC